AUGGCGAGGACCAAAAUUGGGUACACAAGUGGAACUUAUCGGAUGAAUGUCGGUUCAGAACUUUUGGAAUCGGGAUCUAAUAAUGGAAUCGAAUGUAUCUGGACCAGAACACUGUAUGACCAUCGAAUCAUUUUCAAAUGGAAGUUCAAUUGGAUUGAACUCAAAAAUCAAGGAGUCCAUAAGAUCACUGGAUACAUUACUCUCUUCUCAGCAAACAAUUCGUUCCGUGCAAUGAGAAGAACUGUAGAACUGACUGAAAGUAAACAAGAAAUCGAGAAAGAAUUCGAAUGUAGUAAUACAGAAACUGUCUACUAUACAUAUUCUCUCUCUCCUUGUUACACCCACAUUCCUGAAAAUACAGUAUACGAUGAGAUGUUUGCCCCCUCCGAUCAAAAUGACACAAUUCUGAUUGUCGACGGAAAGAAGCUUCAUGUCAGCAAAGCUUUUCUCUCAUACCACUCUGAAUAUUUUCGCGCUCUCUUCUCAUCAAACUACAAAGAAGGACAAAUGGAUGAGAUUCCGAUUGGAGAAGUCUCAUUUAAAGAUUUCGCUCUACUUCUCAGCACUUUCUACCCAAAACCAACGUUUCCAAGUGACGAGACUGUCGAAAUAAUUCUGAAAAUGGCUCGUCGUUUUCUGGUAACGUCUGCCGUAAGUAGCGCCGAGCAUCAUCUGAUGAACAUGUCGAAAAUCGAUAAUGAGAAGAUAUUAUGGUUGGCUGACGAGUAUGGAAUGCCGAAUCUUCUGGAGAAAUGUAUUCGUGAGAUGAAUACAAUAGCAAAGGCGAAAAAAAUGAAGAGAUCUGCGGAAUAUGACCAACUAUCGGAUAAAACCAAGUUGAAAAUGUACGAGCGUCUCGUGGAUUCUAAUUCAUAUUAA